UUUAUGCAUGUCUCAGGAGCCGAUGGAUGUGGUGGCGCUGUUUGGACUGAAGGGAGUUCAGCAUACACCAAUCAGCAUCAAGAAUGCUAGAGUGUCACAGCACUACAAGGCCAGUCUGACAGCAACUUUUAACCUACACCCAGAGGCGAAAAAUGCUAUUGUGUUAGAGGAAGAUUUGGACAUCUCCAUUGACUUUUUCAGCUUCCUGAGUCAGACCAUCCAUCUGUUGGAUGAAGAUGACAGCCUGUAUUGCAUCUCAGCCUGGAAUGAUCAGGGCUAUGAACACACAGCAGAAGAUCCCGCUUUGCUCUACAGAGUGGAGAAUAUGCCUGGCCUGGGGUGGGUCCUGAAAAAGAGCCUCUAUAAGGAUGAACUGGAGCCAAAAUGGCCAACACCUGAGAAGUUGUGGGAUUGGGACAUGUGGAUGCGAAUGCCAGAGCAGAGGAAGGGCAGAGAGUGUAUCAUACCUGAUGUUUCCCGCUCCUACCACUUUGGCAUCAUCGGCCUCAACAUGAAUGGAUAUUUUCAUGAGGUAUAUUUCAAGAAACACAAGUUCAACACAGUGCCUCACGUGCAGUUGAAGAAUGUGAACAGCUUAAAGAAGGAUGCUUAUGAAGUGGAAAUCCAAAACCUACUUCGGGAGGCAGAAGUGCUGGACCACACCAAGAACCCGUGUGAGGACACGAUGCUGCCAGACUCUGAGGGGAAAGUCUAUGUCAUUUUCAUUAAGAUGGAGUCAGAGACAGACACCUCGACCUGGACUGAGCUUGCUAAGUGCCUCCAUGUUUGGGACCUGGAUGUUCGUGGAAAUCACAGAGGCCUGUGGAGACUCUUUAGAAAGAGGAAUCAUAUCCUAGUGGUGGCUGUGCCAAUCUCCCCAUACUCUGUGAAGAAACCUGCCAAUAUCAAACCCAUCCACUUAGAGCCUCCCACCAAAGAAGAGGGUGCACCAGCAGAGCAGCUAUAAACCUCUCUCUCUCGCUCUCGCUCUUGCACACACACAUAGACUUAUACUCGUUGAUACAACCACACACAACCAUACAACACUUUUUAACUAGCCCAGGCCUUAACAAAUUUGCCAACAGUUAAAAAUACGUGAGACCCACAACCUUUACAUUUUUUAUGAUUAAAAAAAACAGUUAACAUUGCUAAAUCUGACCCAAUUAAUCUAAUUCUAUUUCCCUUAAAAUGGUGGGAUCCGAUUUGAUAAACUAUCUUCCCCACUAUAUUGCUGAAUUUUUGUGUGUGUGGGGUGUGUGGGGGGGGGGGUAUCCACAUGUUUAGCAGUCAUUGUUUUUAUGCCUUUUCGCUCCUUUUUAUGUGAACAAAUACUGUACAGUAUUGAGAAAAUAUAAAUAUUCAUGAAUGUAAUGUGAUGUCUAGAUUUAAGAUAAGAAGCAUUUGAGCAGCUAAUCAAGCUGAUUGGAUGCCAGUAACUUUCACGUAUUCUUGGCUAGAACUUCAAAAAUCUAUUACUCCCAAAGCAGAACUGCACUGCAAAUCUGGUGUUAGUUCAACACCUAUAUUAUUCGUUUUAACACCGGCAACAUGUCUUUGUGCACCCACUUUGCCCGAUGUUCAAGUAACAUUUACUCGAGUGGUUGUUAUGUGCCUGUGUUUCUGUCACAUGAGCACUUGUUCACAGUUGUACAGCGUCAGCAGUUGUACAGUGAGCGUGUUGUUUUUGCGUGUCGGCAUCAGCAAAUUACAUCCACGUAUUAUUGACAACAUUAGAGUGACGAAAAUGUGCAUUCUGUGUGCAGUCUGACAGACGCACAGCUUUCGCUGUAUAUACCGGCAGGAGUAUUCAAAAAUGCGCUGUGCGACCCGAUAACAUUUUUACCAGCACACAUUGAAAAAUUGGGAGCGUUUGCAAGUACCAUGGUCACAGUGCCGAGCUGUCGCCCCAUUUUAACAAUGUAUCAAUGUUAAUCCUCGAUUCCAUAAGCUGUUAUAUUACUGCAACACCAACAUUCCCUUUUUAACACUGUCCUCAAACUUUUACACUGUCCGAUUUGCAGUGAAGAUAGGGUUCGGGAAGGAUGGACUAUUGCGGCUGUUGUUUUGAGAACACAAGAUAAGAUGGCUGGUGUCGAUUGAACAUAAUUUCCUGCCUCCAUACCAAUCAAUACUGUAUCGUAUUUUAGAUGCUUUUUUUGUGUGUGUGUGUUCAAAUUAUUUACAAUGAAUUUUAAACUAUAACAAGUUUAAACAUGAUAAGUGUGUGUGGGGGGGUGGGGGGUCUAAACCAAUUAUUCAUAUUUUUUUAAAGUCUCGUCUAUUGCGGGUCGGUCUGGAACAUAUCCCCACGAUAAACAGCUUUAAUAUAUUUGCUUAAGAAAGCAAAUGGUUUAUCACACUGGUCAAUAGCAAAUUUUAAUCAGAGAUAGCUGUAGGUUUCUCUCUCAGUAUUAUUGACGCUGAUUUCAAAAAACAUUGACUUUCUUUCUAGCACAUCAGGUUUUUCAAAUGUUUUUAUGCUUGACGUAUAAAAGCUUGCACAAUAAAGAUAUUACCAUGCCGUGUCAUUAAUAUAGAUGGUAUAAUUCCACCCGUUGCUGAAACCUAACCUAAUAAAUAUUACCAAAUAUAUGGCUAUAUUACAUAUUAUUAUAUGAUUAGGAUUAUUAGCAUUAUGAAAACCUGAUGUCCUAGACCUAAACUAAAGGAGAUUCAAAAUAGGCAGGGGAAAAAAAAAAUCUACAAAAUGUUACUUGCAUCUCUGAUUUAAAAAAAAAAUGUGAGCAUUUGUUGAUGAGUGUUAUCAUAUUACUGUCAUAUACAAGUCUGAAUUUUUUUUCACCCAAAUGAGUUCAUUUGUUAAUCUUUUAACUACUGAGUGCUUCGGCUAUACGGCACAUAAUGUGUAUUUUAACUUAUCUGUAUUUAUUUGCUUGGAAAAAAAACAGCAUUUCUUUUUUUUCUUUUUCUUUUUUUUAUCUUGGAUCCAGUGAAUCUUUUUUUUUUGUUGUAAGAUCCAAAAUAAUGGGUUAUUGUACAUGGAUACCUACAUAUUUUGAAGAAAAAUGGAAAGAGUUUGCAUAUUUUUAACAAUAGAGGUUGAGUUUGAGAGUUCUUUGAGGAGCCCUGUGGGGUUUUUUU